CCCUAUCGACGGCGGCCGGUGCAGGAGCUGCUGGAGCUACGGUUCAGGUGCACCGCUCUGAUUCAGACACACGGAAAAGAACUUUGGAAAAUUGCACACACAGGAUGAACCCACGACUGAAGAAUCUCACCCUGAUUUGUCGGGAAAUGUUUCUGUGUUAACGUUAGUCGCCAUUGUUUUCCUUUUGUUUAUUUGAGUCGGUGAUGGGAUUCCUUCAGGACCGACAGCGGAAACCCCUCUGAGGUUUUCAUGAAAAAAAAAAGAAUGCAACUUGGUGAAGGAGACCAUUUCUAAAAACAUCCAUGGGCACUAAAGCAGUGAUGGUUUGCACAUUUUUUAAUUGUAUUUUGAGAACUUACUAAUUUUUUAAAUUCUAACCUUUACAUAAUUAGUAGAUUUAUUACACGGCUGUGAUUUCUGACAUACCAAUACUACAGAAACGUAAUGGAGAUAGAAGAGAAAGAGGAUGUAACACAGAAAUGCACAGCUACUAUAAAGGCAGAGGAUGAUGGGAGUUCUGGCCAUUCCUGUGGGGUGUGCGGUCGCAGCUUUCCUCUGCUCAGCUCUUUGUCUCAGCACAUGCGGAGACACACCAGGGAGAAGCCAUACAAGUGCCCGUAUUGUGAACACAGGACAGCUCAGAAGGGCACCUUGAAGGCUCACAUCCGAAGCCAUAAACUCGGCCUCUUCACCCAUAAUCUGAGCGACAAGGAGGGCGAUGGAGAUCAAAAGCAGAAAGAAAAGGGUCAGACACGUGACACUCCAGGAAUUGUCAGUGUGUCUGACAAAGCACAUACUAUCAAUGGGAAAGUGAAGAAGAAAGGAAGCAAGAAGAAAUUGAAGGGUAAAGAUGUUGAGGUCAGUGAUGGAGCUAGUGACAGACCCUUCACCUCCAGUGUUUGUAGCCAGGUUUUCCCUCAGGUAUUGCUCCUUAAAUCCCAUAUGAAAAAGCACCGGAACUCCCAGGACCAUGGCUGCCGGAUGUGUGGACGCCGCUUCCGCCAAGCUUGGUUUCUCCAGAGCCAUAUGCGUAUCCAUCGAGUUAAAGCCCAGCUGAAGGGCAGCAAAGUCAACGAGCUGCCUGCUUCUAUCAAUGGGGUUCCUCAAGACCCAGCUUCGCUCAUCAAUGAAGAUUGCCUCUAUGAGCUCUGUGCCAGCUGUGGGAACUUCUUCUAUGAUCGUAAGACUUUACGAGCACAUGAAAAGAUCCAUCAGCUUAACCGCAGCCACAGUCAGUCACAGAAUCCAGCUCAAAAAGAUGGUGAGACUUCUGACUUGGACACUGCUAAAAGGCAUUUUUUUGAAAGGCUAAACCUCGAAUGUGCUGGACAAAAGGAAACUCAUGACCAACAAAGCCUGGGCAGGCGAAUUCCAGAGCUGGAUCCAGUUUGUAGUUACCAGGCAUGGCAGCUAGCCACAAGAGGACGUCUAGCAGAGGCUACAGAGAAAUGUUUGGGAUGGGAGGAGCGACUAGCAGAUGCUGAGGUCGCCUACGAUACAGAGAAGGGCGAGUACAUUCCCCUAAAGCAAGACAAGAAGAGAAAACCAAACGACACAUCCAGCAUAAAGAAGAAGAAGGAUGAUACAAGCCUUUAUCACACCACAAACACUAAAAGUGGAGAUAAGAGGAUCUGUAAGGAUCGGAUUCUGUUGAAUGGACUUGGUCAAGCAUUCUAUGAGGCGCUGCAGAUGAAGAAAGGCAAAGGUGUUAACGACUCGCUCAAACAGAUGAGCUUCAGAAACCAAGACCAGGAAGAUAAAAACCCAUACCUAUGUGAGCACUGUGAUUUCUGCACUGUUGACGCCUCCCUACUCAGGUCCCACCUGCAGAGGCAGCACCAGGACUUCCUUUCCAGGACUCCCUGUAGCAAACAAAACAUUAGUGGUUCCAAAGCCUCCAGAUACAUGGACUACCUCAGGAACAGGAGCGUUUUGCUGAGUCAGUCAUAUUGGAAUCCUUACACAUAUCAACCUGGCCUGGUUUCAGCAGAGACAAACAUUAAGAAAGAAAUAUCAAAUGAUCAAACAGAGGUCAAAGGGCAGGGACGUACGACCAGUGAUGUUGGUACUCUCCUCAAUCUGUCUGCACUGUCUAGUACAGAUGGAGACAAUACAGCAAAUGAUCGUGUUAAAACAGAAGGCCUGGUGAAACAUCAGUGUCCGUACUGCUCUCACAUGACCAACUACCCAGAAGUUCUGUGGGUCCAUCAACGCGUUGCGCACAAGGUGGACAGCAGCAGCUCCAUGGCGCCCAAGUGGGCCCCCUGUUCCAACAGCCUCAAGGGUUUGAAGGCUGGUUCUGCCCAGUGGAGACGCACAGGACCUCCACCGUUCCUUGAAGGCAAGGACUGUCCCACUUUACCUGCUCCAAGAACUCACCGAACAAAGCCACCAAGUACCACAACCAAUAGCAGCAACAGCAGCAAGCACUUAGCACCUAAGACCCACUCAGCUGUCCCAAAGUCCAAGCAAAGCACUCACUCCAAGGACCUCCGCUCUUUGGAUGGAACACAUUCUAGCAUGAGGGUGGGACUCCAACCUCAUAGUAAAUCUGGAGAACAGAUUGGAGCAGCAGAAGGAGGGAGCAAAGGCUCCAGAGUCCACGCUCCUUCAUCAAGCAGCAGGAGUUUCUUCAACUCUCCAUCUGCAAGCAGUCCCAAACUCAGAGGACACUGGGCUACAGUGGAAGGAAACUUCCCACCUGAGGGCUUAGGUUUUAUGUUAGCCAGGAACCACAGUGGCCCUUCGUCUGCUGUGGCUGCAUCCAGACUCCAGGCCCACAGAAAGACCUGUGACUCCUCUGCAGGUCCCAAAGGCUCUGAUCUCUGGCCAAACAUGAACAUGUGGGGUGUGCAUGGGGGCAAAGCAUAUUUAGACUCACUCCUUUUUGCUCAGGGAAAAAAUGAAUCGACAGCAGAAACGCCAAUGGACAUUAAUAUUUUAAAUCUCCUGAAGAACUACAGUCCACAUGAUCUGACCACUCUGUACCAGCACUGGGGAUUUGUCGAUCCGAGGCUUGAUCCACAAGUGAUAUUGCAGUUGAAUGGAAAUUUUGGAAAUGAAGUCCAUUCUUCCUCUGAAGCUUCCAAGCAAGUGAACAGCCGGUCCACUUCCUCAGGGUCUCUUCAUAAAGGAUCUUGAAUAACGCCAUGUUCCUGUGGGCUUCGGCUCAUAUAAUACUGUGGAACAAAGACGCCUGCUGUUCUUUAAAGGAACCAGCCAUAACUCCUUGAGAACAGAGGACCACAAUAUGCACAAUAUAUGCAAUGCACUGAGGUGGACAUUGACUCUUUUGUCAUAUGGUUGUUUAAUUUGAAGUGUUAUGCAUGCUUUAUUUGUUAAGGGUAUAGACAUGUUUGUUACAACAUGAGAUACAUUUAAUAGAAAUGAGGCAGAAUUGUUUAAUGUAGGAGAAUAAUAGAAAGAUUGUAGGGAAAAAAAAAACAGCCAAACUUGAAAUUAAAUAAUUAGAGCAGCAACACUAGGAAGGAGCAGUAUGUUGAGUAAAGGCCAACAGAUGAUGGUUGAUCAUGAU